AUCCAGUCAAAGCGCGACUCGAAAAACAAAUGAUCCCGCGUAAGAGUCCGAGGUUCCUGGAGUUUUCAGAGAUCUGUGUCCUGACUUUGUGCUAUAAAGGACCACUUAAAGUAAGUUACCGCUCUCUGAAGGUGAAAUGGCAAAGAGAAGAAAGCUCUCCAACAUGGUGCUCGCGUGUGAGUGGGGCUCGUGCACAUUUAAAGGCAGCACUAUGGAAGAGCUUAGUGACCACAUGUCUGAGCAUUUGAAGGAGCAUCUCGGUGACGGGGAUACGAUGGAGGAGCUGGAUGACUACCCGUGUCUGUGGCAGGGCUGCGAGUUCCUGGCUAUGGGAAGCCCAAAUGAGCUUGUUGCCCACGCCCACUUUCACAUCUUCCACAACAAGCUGAAGUUCAUCGGGACACAGCUCCUGCAGUCCCACCCAGAGCUCCCCAGCUGCACUCAGGACCUCCAUAGCAACAACCUGGUCACAGACAUCUCGGAGGGAUUUGUUUGUCAGUGGGAGCACUGUGAUAGCUCUUUCAACAAUCCAGAGUGGUUCUACAGACAUGUUGAUAUGCAUGCACACUGCACAGAACUACAGCCGCUCCCUGAUCAACAGCAAGCCCUCUUCUGCAGCUGGAAAGGCUGUGAUGCCUUCUUUAAAAUAAAGUAUCGUCUGCGGGAGCACCUGCGCAGUCACACUCAGGAGCGCCUGGUCGCCUGCCCCACCUGCGGCUGCAUGUUCUCCAGCAACACGAAAUUCUUUGAUCACAUUCAGAGACAAGCUGAGCCUGAAGAUUCACUGACGUGUGGGCAUUGUGACAAAGGCUUUGCUAAUGAGAGACUUCUGAGAGACCAUGUUCGACAGCACGUGAAUCACAUAAAGUGUCCACUGUGUGACAUGACUUGCACGUCCCUUUCCACCUUGAAGAUUCACAUCAAGUUUCGUCACUGUGAUGAGCGGCCUUUCCCCUGCGACUUCUGUGAGAGCAGUUUCAAGAACCAGCAUGAUCUUAGGAAGCACAUGGAGACCCAUAAUGAAGGAGCAGCGUACCACUGCACGGUGGAGGGCUGUGGAUACUCCUCUCGAAUGGCUCACACCAUGAACCAGCACUACAAGAGAGUGCACGAGGGAAACAUGGUGUCGAGGUAUAAAUGUCAUCUUUGUGAUAAGAACUUCUCGUGGUGUUACACCCUUACCCUUCACCUGCGGAAAAAACAUCAGUUGAAAUGGCCAUCUGGACACUCCCGAUUUAGGUAUAAAGAGGAUGAGGAUGGAUACCUGAGGUUGAACAUGGUUCGCUUCGAGACGGUAGAAGUUACAGAAGAGCUGAUAAAGAACAUGGCUGAAAAACGCACCCCACGUAAGGUCUCGGGGUCGAGUGGUCAGACAAAGAGGCCAGCACUGCAGGCAGAGAGCGUGAACGAUGCUCCCACGCAGUCUUUGUCAUACUCCUCCUCUUCCAGCCCUAAGCUCAUAGGUGAGGCUGACAACACUGCAAAGGAUGAGGCCCCUGUGUACUGCAUCCUAAGCCCUGUGACUGAGGUGAACGGAGAGCCAGAGGCCGCUGCCGAAGCAGGGGCUGAAUCGGGCGCUGUCCAAGCCCUGGCUGCAGUAGCCAGAGGGCUGGGUAUGGAUGUGGUGUGAGAGGCUAAAUUGCACUACGUAUGAGAAUCAGAAGUGCUACAAAACAGGUUCAGUAUUGACCAUGUGGCUUAGACUUAUAUUGCACAGGAGGUACUAUGGAAGCAAAGACUGUUGUACUUGCAGGACAUUUGGGUUAUUCUCACUGGAAUAGUAGUUUUAGGCUGUUUUAAAAAUUUCCUCUUUAAAUACAGGUUUUCAGCAUUUUAGAGUAAUUCUCACUCUCUGGGGCCCAAUUGUUGCUUUGCCUCUGAAAUUCAUUCCACCCUGCAGCUUUUUCCCUUGCUCUUUUGUUUACCCUAGUUUUUUAAGUCUUUUUAUUUAGUCGAUUGUGUUUUAAUGUGGUGUUAUUUAUAAUUGUUUUAUAAAGUUCAAAUAGGAAAAUUCAGUUUUAACUAGUAUAUUGUAAAUAGAUUGCCUGUUUUGAAUUUAUGUCCUUGAUCUCAGUUGAUAUUAAACAAACAAAAAUAAA